AUGAGAACAUCUACCAUGAUCCUAAGAGGUGUAGCAAGAAAUGCUGCACUAAAUGUCAGAGCAAGCGCAAUGGCAAAUGCAUCUCCAAUGUUUUUGAGGGCUUCCGCUGCUGCUGUAUGUAGAUCUCAAGUUCCAUCUAGAUUUUCCGGCGUGAGAUUCUAUGCUGACGAGGCUAACAAGGAGACACAAGCUGAUGCAAAUGCAGGAGCUGAAUCCAAGUCAUCCGAGGGUGAAGCUAAGAAGGAAGAAGACAAUGCUAACUUAACUGAGGAACAAAAGACCAUCAAGGACCUACAAGCAAAAUUAGAUGCUAAGACAAAGGAAGCUUCUGAGCUCAAGGACCGUUUGCUGAGAUCUAUUGCUGACUUCAGAAAUUUGCAAGAGGUGACCAAGAAGGAUGUCCAAAAGGCAAAGGACUUCGCUUUGCAAAAGUUUGCUAAGGAUUUGCUCGAAUCUGUCGAUAACUUUGGCCAUGCAUUGAACGCAUUCAAGCCAGAAACUGUGGAGAAAUCACAGGAAAUUUCUGAUUUGUACACUGGUGUCCAGAUGACCAAGGAUGUCUUCGAAAAGACAUUGAGAAAGCAUGGUAUCAAGAAACUCGAUCCUCUGGGCGAAACUUUCGAUCCAAACAAGCACGAAGCAACCUUUGAAAUUCCUCAACCUGACAAAGAACCAGGGACUGUCUUCCACGUGCAACAAGUUGGGUACACUUUGAACGACAGAGUUAUCAGACCUGCUAAAGUUGGUAUCGUAAAGGAUCCAGAGAACUAA